ACAAAAAAAAAAAAAAAAAGAAAGGCCAUCCGAGUUUGAGACGUUCUCCUUGACAUUUACUUACUACCUAGCUUUGAUUCAACGUUACCAAACUCAAAGCCUAGAGCCAAAGCCAAAGCCAAAGCCACAGCUAGCUUCGGCUAUACCGAACGUCAGUUUCCUCUCUCCUUCUGUUUUCGCCUCCAUCAGAAUAUAUUAUAAUCAUCAAUUUAUUUUUAUCAACCGAUACCAAACAAAAGUUGAGAAGAAAACGAGACUCAGAAGCGUGUUUUAUUUUCUUGUUUCUUUUUCUUAGGAAAGCUCGUUACCCACAUCCCAUUUUCUUUUCUUGUUUCGGAUUUCCAGUGUGUCAGGGGUUUCCAAUCAAAUACCAAUGAGUGAUCACCUUGUUUUGUGUGCUGAUCGUCUCAUAACACCCGAGAGUUUGCAGUCAAUGGAGGGAGAUAAGGAGCCAGUAGAUUCUGGGGAGUGUUCAUCAUCUCAUACUGCUGAUGAGCAAACUUGUUUUAUUGAUGUUGAGCGAGUUGGGGAACAUGAUGUAUCUGAGGAAGAAAAACCACUUAUCCAAACAAUGGAAUGUCGCAUUUGCCAGGAGGAGGAUAGCAUUAACAAUUUGGAGUCUCCAUGUGCUUGUAGUGGUAGCUUGAAGUUUGCCCACAGGAAAUGUGUUCAGCGAUGGUGUAAUGAAAAAGGAGAUAUAACUUGUGAGAUAUGUCAUCAGCCUUACCAACCUGGUUAUACUGCUCCGCCACCUCCCCCUCCAGUAGAAGAUACUGCAAUUGAUAUCAGUGAGGGUUGGACCAUUGCGGGCACUCCUUUGGAUUUGCAUGAUCCUCGAAUUUUAGCUAUGGCAGCAGCAGAACGUCAUUUUUUAGAGGCUGAAUAUGAUGAUUAUGCUGAUUCCAGUGCUAGUGGAGCAGCAUUUUGCCGCUCUGCAGCUCUAAUUUUAAUGGCUCUUUUACUCUUGAGGCAUGCUAUGUCCCUCACUGGAGAUGGCGAUGAAGAUGCUUCUGCAUUUUUUUCUCUUUUCCUGAUAAGGGCUGCUGGUUUUCUUCUCCCAUGUUACAUCAUGGCUUGGGCCAUCAGUAUAUUGCAGCGACGAAGACAGACACAGGAAGCGGCAGCACUUGCAGCUACUGAGGUUGCAUUCAUGCUACAGGCAGGGCAACGACGGAGCUUGCAAGUCACAAUAGCACCUGGACCUGGAGCAACUCCUCACCAAGCUGCAACUCCACAACAAGAGCCACUUCAAUGAUGAAGUGGCUACGGUUGCUGUGGAAACGCGAGUGAUUGUCUUUGCUUAUGUGGGCUGCAUCUAAUUGGAUUAUUUCAAAACCCUCGCACACUUUAUUUAGUCCUUUGACAUGUGUAUGUACAUAAAUCUUUUAUGUGCAGCCUGGUUUUGGGCUGCUUGAUAUACUUAUUUGUGGCAGAGCUGCUACAUGCAGUGCAUAUGAAAACAAAUGCAAGAUAUUCUGAGAGUUUUGAUGAUAUUCAUGCACCCAUAAGAAGUAUUUCUUUA